GAACCGGGUGGUGCGCUUCAUGCAGAGGUUGAUGAAGGACACCGACAUCUGCUCCGACGAUAUCAUCCGCACUUUCAUCAGCCGCCGGGUGCUUCCCCUCCAGCGGCGUGCUCACAAGAUCAGUGAGAUGUACGGCCCCGGUGAUCCUACUAAGAUCACCGGCCUGGCCCUGAGCAAGGAGGACGUGGUCCUUAAGGCUAGUCAGAUCUGCCAAACUGACAUGCCGGAUGACUGGGAGUGGGGCCUUUGCCCCCUCAGCGCCAGGAACCCUCCGUCCGAAGAUGCCAAGGCCCGCUUCCCCCGGAUCGAUUCAGACCGGCGAGGCCCUCGCCAGAAGAGGCCCCUGGACAAGUACGAUCCGGAUCCUGUCAUUCAUUGGCUGGAUCUAAGGAUGGGCCGGACCCCAGCUUCCCGCCUCGGCAAGUCUCCGCCGGAACCUGCUGGUUCGUCUGAUGACUUGACCAUACUCGAGGUAGCUUUCCUGUUCGUUUUCUUAUACCCUUUUUGUUACUUCCAAUCUGUAGAUCUUCCCUCAGCCAGCAACAAACCACAGGUCCAUGAGCAUGUCCCCCCGCUGCAGGCCGAGGUUGGCGACGAGUUUCUGGGCAAGCUCAUGGCCGAGGGCCAAAAGAGCGAUCCUCCAGCUGCCGACGCCGGCCCCAGCCAUGCUUCUUCCGGCAAACGCCCUCGGACUGAGGUUAUUGGUGGGAAGCAGGUGGGCACCAAGCGCUAUAAGCAGAAGCGGAUGCCGAUGUCUUCCGGCCCUGCGCUUGAGCUUGGCUCUGCCGGCUCCGCUGGCUCCACCGGCUCCGCGAGGACUUCAACUCCUCCUCCUCACUCAAGUCCGGUACCAUCUGGUGCCGGCAACACCUCUGCCUCCCCUUCGGGAGGCACUACAAGUUCGGGGCGCGCGGCCCCAACACCUCCAGAUCACCGCGCGGAGGAGGGCUUCACCUCCCCUCCAGAGACCCAAGACACCGGCGCCAGCAACAUCGGCGCCGGCCAGACUGAUGCCGGGCAGGCGGAACCUCUGGUUCCUCCUCCCCCGAAGAAGAAGAAGAAAGAAGCAAGCUCUUCCCCUACCGCGCCGGAUGCUUCCGCGCCGGUACCUUCUCCUCCCAAGGCCACGCCGACACCGCCGCCUAGCCAAGGACCUUCCGCGGCCAAGCAACCGGCGCCGUCGGGGACUCCCAAGAUCACCACUUUCCUCAAGCCCGGGGCUUCCCGCGGCAAGGCUGUGGAGGGCGGCGCCUCUGGCGCUUCGGGAGAUGUGGUGCUGCACGUUGGCCCCGCCGCGCUCGCUGCACAAGACAAGCCCACCGGCCUCCUGGGCCGGAUUGUUAAUCUGAAGCGCGCGGGCAAGGACCUGGGGCACCUUCUCCCUUAUGCCCAGAAGUGGAAUGAGGCGGAUAUCUCUGCUUCUACCCGCGGCCUGGGGAAGGAUCGCCUUCCGGCACCGGAUCCCGCCGGGGCCCGGUCUACUGAAGAACAUUUCACGCGGCUUAAACGCGCCGUGAAAGAGUUCGACAGUGCUUGGUACGAUGCCACCAACAACGUGGUGGUAAGUUCUGCUAAAUCUCUUUUAUAAUUUCUGUUGAUGCCGGUUUCUUUUUCUCUCCGGAUCUUAUCUAUUCUCCCAGUCCCCGAGUUUUGUGGUGAGAGCGCAGCUCUUGGCGCAAAACUUUAACCUAAAACUUAGCGUGAAACCGGCACUGCCAGUCCCCGAGCUUCGGGUUAAACACCUUCUUGUUAACACACAAUUUACCUUAGAAACGCGCAAAACCGGCAUUGCCAGUCCCCGAGUUUCGGG